AUGCUGGAUGCGAAGCUGGAGCCGGACGUCAUCAGUUACAGCCGCUGGGAUCAGCGCGUGCGAGAAGGGCGGGCGGUGGCAGCAUGCCCUGUCGCUGCUCAACGAGAUGUGGGAGGCGAAGUUGGACCCCGACUCAUCAGCUACAACGCUGGAGCCAGUGCGUGUGAGAAGGACGGGCAGUGGCAGCGGGCUCUGGCGCUGUUCAGCGAGAUGCAAGAGGCGGAAAUCAAGCUCGACGUCAUCAGUUACAGCUCUGGGAUCAGUGCGUGCGAGAAGGGCGGACGGUGGCAGCGGGCUUUGGCGCUGCUCAGCGAGAUGCGGGAGGCGAAGCUGGAGCCCCACGUCAUUUUAAGUUACAGCGCUGGGAUCAGCGCGUGCGAGAAGGGCGAGCAGUGGCAUCGGGCUUUGGCGCUGCUCAGCGAGAUGCGGGAGGCGAAGCUGGAGCCCGACGUCAUCACCUACAAUGCUGCGAUCAGCACCUGCGAGAAGAGCGAACAGUGGAAGCGGGCUGUGUCGCUGCUCAGCGAGAUGUGGGAGGUGAAGUUGGAACCCGACGUCGUCACUUACAGCGCUGGGAUCAGUGCGUGCGAGAAGGGCGAACAAUAG